AUGAACCCCCUGAGCAUUCCCAGGUCAGACAUGAACCCCCCUGAGCAUUCCCAGUACGUGAUCAGUUACAUGGACCUUCUGUUACAAUCAGAGGAACGGCUGUGGGUGGAUCUGACUAAUGAAACCUCCUCUGGGUGGACGCAGCCGCCACUGCUCAGGAACCCAGAACCUCCUGGGUCCAGUCUCAGGACCCAGAACCUCCUGGGUCCAGUCUCAGGCCCCAGAACCUCCUGGGUCCAGUCUCAGGCCCCAGAACCUCCUGGGUCCAGUCUCAGGCCCCAGAACCUCCUGGGUCCAGUCUCAGGCCCCAGAACCUCCUGGGUCCAGUCUCAGGCCCCAGAACCUCCUGGGUCCAGUCUCAGGCCCCAGAACCUCCUGGGUCCAGUCUCAGAGCUCAGAACCUCCUGGGUCCAGUCUCAGGGCCCAGAACCUCCUGGGUUCAGUCUCAGGCCCCAGAACCUCCUGGGUCCAGUCUCAGGCCCCAGAACCUCCUGGGUCCAGUCUCAGGCCCCAGAACCUCCUGGGUCCAGUCUCAGGCCCCAGAAGCUCCUGGGUCCAGUCUCAGAGCUCAGAACCUCCUGGGUCCAGUCUCAGGGCCCAGAACCUCCUGGGUUCAGUCUCAGGCCCCAGAACCUCCUGGGUCCAGUCUCAGGCCCCAGAACCUCCUGGGUCCAGUCUCAGGCCCCAGAACCUCCUGGGUCCAGUCUCAGGCCCCAGAACCUCCUGGGUCCAGUCUCAGAGCUCAGAACCUCCUGGGUCCAGUCUCAGGGCCCAGAACCUCCUGGGUUCAGUCUCAGGCCCCAGAACCUCCUGGGUCCAGUCUCAGGCCCCAGAACCUCCUGGGUCCAGUCUCAGGCCCCAGAACCUCCUGGGUCCAGUCUCAGGCCCCAGAACCUCCUGGGUCCAGUCUCAGAGCUCAGAACCUCCUGGGUCCAGUCUCAGGGCCCAGAACCUCCUGGGUUCAGUCUCAGGCCCCAGAACCUCCUGGGUCCAGUUUCAGAGCUCAGAACCUCCUGGGUCCAGUCUCAGGGCUCAGAACCUUCAGACUCCAGACGGAUCACAGAACUUUCUCUUGUCACAACAGAGUCGAGAUUAUAG